ACAGGGCUCGGCCGCCAGCACUCCGUCUCCCACGUCCAUGACCGGCGGUCGGUCGCAGCCCCGCGCCCGUACGCGGGUCCCUACGUCCCGUGCCUCCCGCCCCGCCGCCCCAUGACCGUCGCCCCGUGAGUGACGCACACAGCCACAGGUGGACACAGCAGCCGGUGGCGGGGUGUGUGAGGUGAGCGAGGAGCGCCCUGCCCCGCCCUGUAUGUGGCCGCCCCUCCCGCCGCCCCCACCACCCUUCACAUGUCGUGUAGCGACAACAAGACCCCGGCGUCGCUGGCGUCGCCCCACCAUACCCCAGAGGCCACGGCCCCCGUGUGCCCGGCGGGCCAGGCCCCGUCCGCCCCUGCAGGUCAGCCUGGGAGUGAUGGCGUGACGCCCCCAGCAGCAGCACCAGCAGCAGCCACUGAGGUGCGCCUGGUGGGCGGCGGCCGCGUCACCACACGCCUGGCCCCCGCGCCCUCACCACCACACCUCACAAGAGACGACGGCUACUGCUCCUCAGACUCCACUCCUAAGGCCUCAGGUGAGCGGCGGGUGGCGGGGAUCCUGCCCCACCCGCGGGGGCCCAUCACUGACGCCUCCCCCCUGGCUGGCGACGCCACCUUCGUCAAGCCUACCCCAGACGCCGACGGCUCAGUGGGAGGGGAGAGCGUGCCUGUUGCUGCGGUGGCCCCCCGCACCCCAACAGCCGCCUCCGCCGCCCCUGGAGCCCCCACUGCUCCCCCGGGCCCCUCACCACCCCCAGCCCUCACCAAUGUGGUCGACGACGGCAGAGAGUCCUGGGGAAAGUCCAUGGACUUCCUGCUCUCCAUCAUCGGCUUCGCCGUGGACCUGGCCAACGUGUGGCGCUUCCCGUUCCUCUGUUACCGUAAUGGUGGAGGUGCCUUCCUUCUACCCUACUUCCUGAUCACGGUGUUCGGGGCCCUCCCGCUCUUCUUCAUGGAGCUGGUGCUGGGCCAGUACAACCGUCAGGGACCCAUCACUGUGUGGAAAAUUUGUCCCCUCUUCAGAGGUGUGGGCUACUGCGCGGUGCUGGUGGCUUACUUCGUCAGUUUCUACUACAACGUGAUCAUCGCCUGGUCACUCCACUUCGUGUACGCCUCCUUCAGCUACGAGUUGCCCUGGACCUCCUGUAACCACACCUGGAACACAGACAACUGCUGGGACGGCCUCACCUCCGAGGAGCCUCGCCCUAACUCUUCCAGUCUUAUGUCUCCUUCUGAGGAAUAUUUCAAUUACGUGGUACUACAGAUGGACAAGAGUGGUGGCUUCGACGACCUGGGUCCUCCUCGGCCCAGCCUGGUCUUCUGUGGCUUCAUUACCUACUUCAUCCUCUACCUGUCUCUCUUCAAGGGCGUCAAGUCCUCAGGUAAGGUAGUCUGGGUGACGGCGACGAUGCCCUACGUGAUCCUGACGCUGCUGCUCAUACGAGGGGCGCUGCUCCCGGGGGCGGCUGACGGUCUUCUCUACUAUAUCAAGCCAUCCAUCUCUGCUCUCUCCAACUCUCAGGUGUGGUACGAGGCUGCUGUACAGGUGUUCUUCUCAGUAGGGGCAGGUUUCGGCGUCCACCUAUCCUACGCCUCCUACAAUAACUUCAACAACAACUGCUACCGGGACUGUCUCAUCACCAGCUUGGUCAACGCCUUCACCAGCUUCUACUCCGGGCUGGUCAUCUUCACCUACUUGGGUUAUAUGGCCUUUAAGCAGAAGACUCACAUCAGUACCGUCGCCACUGAUGGUCCCGGGUUGGUGUUCCAGGUGUACCCGGAGGCAGUGGCCACACUACCUGGGUCACAGUUCUGGUCCUGCCUCUUCUUUCUUAUGCUCAUUGCCCUCGGCCUCGACUCUGGCAUGGGCGGGCUGGAGUGUGUGAUCACUGGACUACUGGACGAGCUGAGACUGACCUUCGGCAGGAAGACCAUCAGGAGGGAGUUUUUCACCGCCAUAGUUGUCACUUCCUCCUUCCUCGUCUCCAUCACCAGCUUCUGUCAGGGAGGGAUGUAUGUGUUCCACUGGCUGGACACUUACGCAGCCGGCAUCUCACUUUUAUGUUCGGCUCUCUUCGAAGCCGUCGCUGUCUCCUGGUUCUAUGGUUUGCGGAGGUUCAGUGCAGACAUCCAACACAUGCUAGGCUUUAGGCCACGGCUGUACUGGAGGGUCUGCUGGAAGUUUGUGUCCCCGCUCUUCAUCCUCAUCACGAUACUGAUCGGGCUACAGAGUCAAAUUACGGGUCAGCUGGAAUACCACGGCCCCACCCAUUACAAGUACCCGCGCUGGGCCGAGGCGGUGGGGUGGCUCAUUACCUCAUCCUCCAUGUUCAUGAUCCCUCUUUGGAUGGUCAUUACCGUCUGCCGCCAGCCCGGCUCUCUUAAACAGAGGCUGUUGCUGAGCAUCACACCAGAGGGAGAGCACCAGAAAGUACUACAGACGGGUGAGGCCCCUUGCCUCGACUGUAGCCAUUGGCUCCACCUGUGAGUCACCCACGCCCACCGCCACCUAUCCCACGCCUCUCAACACUCUUCAACCCUCCCACGCCUCUACAUUACGGAUAUAAUGGCUCGCGUCUUCUCAGUUGUCAAGGAAUUUUACAUACCAAGGCAGUGACUACCUCUUUAUAAAGAACGUCUUGUUGAUUAUUGUGUCAUAUCCAGGGAAAAUCUAUCUGGAUGUUUGGCAUACGUUAAACUUUCAGUGUUGGUGUUUAUUAGUGGACGUAAUGGUCUGUCCGUCAGCUUGUCAAGCAUUAUUCUAAGACUAUCACAGUCCUAUUUAGAUAUCUGUAUAGCGAAGUUUUGCUGUUGUCCCUUUAAUUUUGGACUAUGGGGAAUACUAAACCUUUAGACUCCCAAAGGUAAAUAUCAUUCCUUCCUCUUCACUUAGCCUGAACUUAUGUCCCAGUCUCUCUCGGUACCUAACACGGCCUGCUACCCCGUAGUCUGAGGUAGUGCGGCACCCACUACUAUAAUUAAGGGAUGGGAAAGAUGAGACGUAAACAUUCCGACCACAGAGAGAAUGACGGGUCCAUUUUAAUCAACGAUAGCUUGAGUGCCCAGUGAGGACUUAAAUGUGUAUGAACAGUCUUAACCAGUAGUACAGUGGAUGUUACCCACGUGCACCAAUGAGAGGUUGUGUGACAUAUCCGAACCAAUGGGUAAAAAUGUGCACCGUCUGGAUCAGUAAGCAGGGAGCUGCACCACCUGAAACUAAACGUUGAGUUGUACUAUCUGGAUCACUGGAAAGAAACGUACACCAUCUAUACCUAGUGAGCAAAUGGUCGUUCCGUCAAGACCAGUGGAUUGGAAGACAAAUAAGUGAAGAAGAAAACGUGGAUGUUGUCAUUUAGACUCUGCAGACAGUGAGAUGGUGGUUUCCUGAUUUAGACCAAAACGAGAGCCGGGUGCCCCAUUUGGAUUAUAAAAAUAAGACUACCCUACAUGGACCAAAGGGGGUAAGUGUACCAUUUGGAAGGGACGAGACUGUGUGAGUCAGAAGUGAGUGUGCUGGUUAUGCUGACGCCCAGUUUACCGUGCAGUGAAACACAUCCGCCACCCGCCGCUCACAUUUACAGCCCAGCUGGGUCUGGUUUCUCAAAGAUUCGUAUGUUUUAUUUCCCCUUGUCCAAAGCUACAGAUGUGAGAACGCUUCUGAUUUAGUUUAGCUAUGCCACAAAUAUGUUAAACAAAAUUACAUGGGAAUUACUGUUGACUCGAUUGUAAUUUAACACGUUUUCACCUUCAAGAAUAAUUACGGGAGAAAAACGAUGUGCGAACUUUUGAGAAUCGAAAACCAGUUACGUUGCUCAUCUGGUUUCCAUGACCCUGGCCCCGGUUUCUCAAAGAUUCGAAAGUUAUUUUUCCUCCUACAUAACUACGAAUAUAAAAGCGCGUCUAUUUACAUAACACUUGAGAGUUUAGACGCAAAUGGGAUGCUGACGUUAUGGUGGAGUUUGGGUGAAAAUCUAACUUACGAGUCUUUGAGUGUCCAGUGCCAGCAUCUUUUUUUCCAACUACUACUGAGUUUACGACGAAUAAAACACACAAACCUCGCUGAUAUGAUGGAUCACAUACCAAGCUUCCUGUUAAAAAACAUUAUAUGCAUUUUUUUAGUGUUUAGACAUUUUUCUUCCUAUGCUUAGUGUUAUUGUGAGAACAAUUCAUGGAUAUUAUGUGGUGCGUCUGUUUUGUUAUAAUUUAGUUGUCAUGCAAUCCAGUCGGAACAAAUAUUCUCUUGGACAAAAUACUUUGCGAGAACAAACUUCCACCCAGAUAAAAUUCCAUCCACACGAAAUUUUAUAACAAAACUUAAAAGAUAAACGACUUCAUGGGAAAAAAAAAUAUCAGAUUAAAAUCAACUUCAACAAAAUUGGGAAAAAAUUAAAAUAAGAAAUACAGUAAUCAGAGGCAGAUUUCGUCAGAAUAAAACUUCACUAGCAAGACCCCACUGAAGCAAAUAUUAAACUCCUGAAAUAAACCAAAAACACGCACCAAAAAGAAAAUCGCCAUGACGGAAGGCAUCGUAUAAGACCCAACCGCAAAACAAUUUCACGAAUAUUCCUUAGAAAAUUUUUAUUAACUAAUAUAAUAUGAAGGUGAUCUGUUCUAAAAGUUUUACCGUAAUAGAACUGCUUUCAAGAAAGGAUUUUUGUCAAGAAUGAAUUGUGUUAAAGUGGAAUUUAAUCAGGUAAUUAUAUAUAUUCCUAAAGGGGACACUCAUGUCUGAGUGGAAUUACCUGUAUAUGCAAGUCAUAUGCAAUUAAUAUUUUUCCCAGAAGUAAUACCUCAGUGGAAUUUUGUCCAGAAUAAGUAAUGUUCAAGGGUUUUUUGUCUUGUAAGAGUUCUCUCAUGGAGAAUUGUCCCUACCUCGCUACUUGACUCUAGGGCUUAAGUCAACACAUUAUCAGUUACGACAUAUCUCUAUAUAUCUCUCGGAUAAAUUUUUUAAUGCAAACCUAUAAAUUCUAUCUACAUAAUCGUAUGUUCAUUUCUAUUGUUUGGUGUAAUACCCAGCGUUAUUCUUACCUCAGUAACCUAGCAACGACAACCUGACCUUUACAGCAAAUCAUGACUAAUUUAUCUAUAUCUUAAUAACUAUUGUUAUAUAUAACUCUGAGAGCGUAUAUUUCAAACAUCUAUAAAUUUAUUAGUGAUGAUAAAACAAGUACAGUAAAUAGAUCAUUUAAAUAGGUCUCAAUGACCAUACUUUUGCAUCAUGAAAACUGUUUUUAGGCACUUAGUUGUGUUUUGUGUUGGUUGAGCUGAUAUCAAUAGAUAGUAUACUGUGGGUUUCAGAUCUAGAAUUAAAAAGGUUUGCUUCCUGACUCUAACGCGGGAAUGAUUCAAAAUCAAAACUGAACAAUUUAUUACUUCAGAAGACAAUGACAUUCGUAGUUAACGCUGGUACCAUCUACAUUAAAUAAGGUUGCAGGAGUGUCAGGUGGCUGUGUUCGCUAGUAAGUAGUCUGCAUAAAACCCGAUUUCCUUCUGACACAGCUUUCACCAAAUUUUCAGAAUAUAAGCUGAUCGAUUUUGGUUUUCGCUAAAAAAUAGUUGAAGUGAUAAAGGUUAUUCCUACUAUACUUAGAUUUUUAUUCCACGCAUCAAACACUUGUUGUAGACCAGUUUUAAACUAUGAACAAAACCCUGGCUCAAUAAUAAAUAAUUCAUCAGUUUCACUUCUUCGGUCGACUUCAUUAAUAGAACAUAGAUUUAAAAUAAUAUGGAUACAAUCAACAGUUAGUCUAGCAGUAUUUUAACUCACCUGGCGGAUGUGACUGCAGGUCUCCAGUACCUGUCAACCCAGUUUUUCUUGAUCAGGUUUUGGGUUGACUAUGGUUUUGGGUUCCCCGAUAAAAUUUCGUCAUUUAUUUUAGGUUUGCUACUCUUCAAGAUUGUCGUACAAGGUCUUCGCUUUCAUAAUGGUUAAUUGGGCACUUUUGUAGGGUAGUUUGAUUUUCCCGCCACAUGACAUGUUCGGCAUAACUGGAUUUUUUUUUCUGCACAAAGUACACAUUCCCGGGGGAUGGUUUUAAAGCAGCUCAUCACAAUACAACAAUAUAUUUUAAUUUACUUUAACAGUUUAACUCCUCUGAAAUCUUAGUCAUUCCAGCAUUUUACAAAUAUUUCUAAAUCACAGAUUUCAAAUAGUCCAAAAUGUAUUUAAUAUAAUAAAAUAAAUCCUUGUUGUGUUACAGUAUAAUGAACCAUGUUGACGUCGAAGCUUCCCAUACAACUUGUUUCACGACACUUAACCUCUCACAGUGCUCCAAAUAUAUUUAUGAGUCAUCUUUUCUGAUAUCUAAAAGGUUAAUAAGAAUGCAUUACCCAGCUCUAUCACUUUAUUAAUUGAAAUUACGUCUUCCUUUUUGGAGGGGAGGAUUUUGAUUUUUUAAUAAAAAAGCAGACAAUUUGAACAGGGUAACGAAGUUUAAAUUCUGAUAACAGCAUUAAUUAAAUAGUAAUACAGUAAUAAUUAUCUGUUUUAUUUAAUUGUAUUAAAUCUUACGGGCAACUUUAACGUUUGUUACCUGUUCAUAAAUUACUCUCUAUAUCAAACCAACUUGGCAGAAACUUAAUGGUAGGCCUAUUCAGUCAUCCUAGACCGUGAUGGGUUUACAGACCCAGUGUCUAAUUUAAUUUACUUAAUCAAGUACUGUAGUUAACUUAUUUGCUUAUAUACUUGUUACUUUAGUAUUUUAAUAUAUAUUAUUCCUUUGUUUUGUUAAGUUUAAUCACGUCAUAAUCAAAUGUAACGUUCACUCUUUAGAAAUUAAGUUGUGACUUACAGGCGGGACAUAAUACACAUUAAUGAAAAUACUUAUUAAACAACAUCCUAAUUGGUGUUACGUCCGGAAAUUUGUAGCAAGACUGAUGACUUUAGCGGGUUACUGUAAACAGAAUCAACUUCGGUUCUGUGGGUUGGGGUAUUUGGUGGCGCUGUUGGGUAUUCUACACAAUGUUCUCAACUUUAAAUCCGUUAUUUUUGUACAAACUAUAGAUAGUAAAAACUGUUGUAAAGAAACUUCCCAUUAGAACUUUAAAGCUUUAUUUUAUUCAGGAAUACAGAUUAUAAAAAAGUUGAUAGCUAGAAAUAUACAGUGUGGUUCGAACAUCCGUAGAUUUUGUACGUACAAUACAUAGGAGAAUUUAUUAUAUUAUAAGACUUCCUAGCCAUUUCAACAGUAUGAAAGGGUAUAAGUUGAGUGAGUCACUACAAGCUGUGUUCAGUAGUUGUGAAUGGGAUAUUUCGCUUCUCACCCAUUCACAAGUGACGAACACACCCACAAGGGGUAUGUCUCACUACCACCUACUACUAUGGCAACGUAACUCCACAAGUACAUUAGUUUUCUCUGAAAACAGUCUCUUGGGGGAGAUGGAUUACUUUCUUAUUUAAAACCAAAGCUGCCAUGCGCAGUAAAUUUAUCAAAUGACGUUCAUCUGUGGUCAAAUGUGACAUACUAUCGUUGGUGUGCUGUUGCUGUUAUCUUGUGCGAUUUUAAUGUUGUUAUAUGGUGUAAUAACCAGCGUUCCUGUAACGCAGAUGUUACACUUUGAAUAUAAUAUAUAAACUAUAAUUUGUUAUGUACUGCAUCACAUAAUAUAGAGGUUAGUAAUACGUUACAUGUUUAACUGGGAGACUACAAACUGUUCGUGGUGUUCGCGGGUAUCUGACUAUUGUAUCUCUGUCAACUUGUUCUGUUUACCAAAUGUAAAGUGUGGCCUACGGUCAUUGUUCCAGUAGAGGUCAUUAACUGACCUUUUUGUGUGACUUCGUGUCAGUGACUAGUAGACUGCACCCAUGACUGAUUUGUGUUCACUAGGGCUAACAAGCGGUCACUGCAGCACAGCCAAAUGUUGCCGUCGCUUUAACUUAUUUGUGUUGAGGAUUACCUUGCGUUGUCGGUAGGUUGGCACACAAUGCACUGUACUUAAAAUUGUUUUAAGCAGUGUGUCAAUAUAUAAACAAUAUAUUUAGUACGUGUAAAAUCAUAUAUUCUCGGUAGAAAAAAUAUGUAGAAAGUGGUAUUGAAGGUGCUUUAUUUAUUACUAAAGCCAUUUUUUAUUUCUUCAUGUAGAGGUACAGUGUAGUGUUACAGUACCAGUGUAGUGGUAAAUUCCACUGUAAUGGUACAGUAUCACUGUAGCAGUACAGUACCAGUGUAGUGGUACAGUUAAGUACGAGUGUAAUGGUUCCAAUGUAGCGGUACGGUACCAUUGUAAUGGCACAAAAUAUGCUAUAGCGUAUGGUACCAGUGUAGUGGACAUUAAUAGUGUAGCAGUACAGUUCUAGCUGCAGUACAGUACAAUUUUAGUAGUACAAAACCAUCUGUAGUAUACAGUACAGUAUAGCGAUGUCGAACUAGUUGUAGUACUGCAGAACCAUUGUAGCAGUACAGUACUAGCUGUAGUUAUACACAAAUAGCUGUAGGGUACAGUGCUAGUGUAGUGGUAGAGUUAGCUAAAGUGGUACAGUACUAAUAAGUAAAGUUACCGUGCGAGCUGUACUGAUACAACAUUAUCUGUUAUGGUACUGUACUAGCUUCAAUGGUACAGUAUAAUCUAUAAUGAUGCAUUAGUAGGUGUAAUGGUACAGUAGUAAGUGGAGUGGUACAGCAGUAGUUGUAGUAAAACAGUUUAUCUAGUACUGUACAUAAUAUAGUUGUACAGUGUUGUCUGAUGGUGACACUACUAACCCGGUAGGUGUAGUGGUUCAGUGCUAGUGGUCAGGGGCGGAUCCAAGGAGGGGGGUCCGGACCCCCCUUUUCAUCAGAAAAUUCCAAUACUUUUCUUUAAUGCAAUAUUGUACUCAAACUUUUUUAUCGUAAAAAGUAAUUACUAUUGUCCUCAAUAACUCCUAAUAUCAAGUGUACAUGGCUUCAAAAUGGCCUCAAAAUGCCCAUGAUAAUAGUCAGAUUUAAAAAAAAAUUAAUAAAAAGCUGGGUGGGCUCGCUGUACCCGCCAUGUUAUCUCACCCCACAACUUCUUGGACCCCUCCCCUUUGAUAUUCCUGGAUCCGCCCCUGAUGGUAAUGAUACAAUACUAUUUGUAGUGGUAAAUUGUACAGCAUUUGUAAUGGUAAAAUUUUAUCUGUACAGUAUUGGUACAGUUCCAGCUGUACUGGUACAUUAUUAUUUGUAAUGAUAGAGUACUAGGUGUACUAGUACAGUACUUUUUUGUAAGGGUAGUGUUUGUACUGAUGCAGUACUAUCUAUAAUGGUACAUUGCAAGCUGUAGUGUUACAGUACUAGCUGUAGUGACACUUAUUUGUAAUGGUACAGUACUAUCUGCUGUGGUACAGUACUAGCUGUAGUGGUACAACUUAGGGUAGCUGUAGUGGUAUAGUGCUAGCUUUAGUGGUACAGUACUAGAUGUUGUGGUACAGUACCAACUGUUGUGGUACAGUACUAACUAGUAAUGCAGUACUUCCUGUAGUGGUACACUAUUAACUGUAGUUAUACCGUAGCUGUAUUAGUGCAGUACUAACUGUAGUGGUAUUGUGCUAACUGUAGUGGUACAACACUAACUGUAGUGGUACAACACUAACUGCAGUGGUACAACACUAACUGCAGUGGUAAAAUACUAACUAUUGGCACAUUGCUAACUGUAGUGGUACAGCACCUGCUGUUAAGUUAUAAUACAAGCUGUAGAGAACAGAUUUUGACUAUAGCCACCUGCUGACUGGUAUCAGUUGUAACAAAAUGCAAACAGCUGCUGUAGCCACCUGCUGAAUACAGGUAGUAUCAACUGCAGCAACACUCACCAGCCGAAGACAUCAGCUGACUGGUAUCAGCUGCAACACAACACACCAGCUGCAGCUAUCUGCUUACUGGUAUCAGCUGCCCGCACAAAAGUCGCUAGGAGAGCGGCUGUUGUACAUAGCCUAGUCUUAAGGUGGAUACAAAAAAUUUUAUUUGUUAGUGACUUGUCCGGGUGUACUCAUUAGCCAUAUACUGUAGGUCCUUGUACUGUACUUAUAUUCAUUAUUGUAUAUAUGUGUUUUAAAUAUGAGUAGCCUCUCAUUUUUUUCACCAUAGUUAGAUGUAUUGUAUGUUUGUUAGGCUGUAUCGUUGAUGCUAUAUAUAUGUAGAACAAGGCAGGACAACACACCGCUCGGAGAAUUUGUAGAGAAUUGUGUACUAAUGACGUAGCUGUUUUGUAUGCUAUCGUUUGAUGUAAUGGAUUGUGAGAUUAAAAUGUAAUUAACG